GGUCCGAUGUACGAAAAAAGAGAUUGGCGAUUCAUGAAUGAAACGGUGGGCGGAGCAUUAUGAAUGAACUUACGCACGCACGCGUACUAGCGACGCCACGCACGUUGCCUAGCAACGGGCUCCAUUCUUGCGCGCAUGGCGCCAGCUGAUGCAGCGCUGCAGUCUACGCAGAGCUGCUGUUUGUUUUUUUUUUACUGUAAUUAAACGAGUACUUUGAAUAUUUUUAUAUGGCUGUCGUUUAAAUUAUGUUUGUUACCUAUUAUCCUACAACAUAAACGAUCGAACAAGAGAAUAAUUAAACGCAAAAGGUUUAUUUUUGCUUAGUUUGAGGGAAGUUAAGUCAACCUAACCUCAAACAACUUCUUACACUGUACUUUUCAGUACAUAUUAUCGUCGAAAUAAGACGAAUAAUUAAUUUUCUGUAUGCACAAUAUGUUCUGUGAUUUCAAAUUUAAAAAAAAGAAAUAGUGUUUUAUUUUUUACCCUUUCCCUUGUGUUGUUAUUUGAUAAUAAAUAAAUAUAACCUAUUCCCGACAUCAAAUACAAAAUGAGUAAAUACAGAAGGAAAGAAUCCUCAAGUGAGGAUAGUGAUAGCGAAGAGGAACGACGCAGGAGGGAUAUCAAGGAAAGAGAUGAGUUUGCUAAUAGACUCAAAGCUAAGGAUGAGAGCAAGAUACGGAAGGUUGCUAUGCCUGCUGGCUCUGGAGCAGCUGAGGCAGCAAAGAGGCUCAAAAUCAUGGAAACAGAUAUGAGAGAGAAGCUGUUACCGAAACUACGUGUUGAAUCUCGCAGAAAAUAUUUGGAAAAGCGUAAAGAGGACAAAGUUGCUGAAUUGGAAGCUGAUAUUAUCGACGAUGAAUAUCUAUUCGAAGAAGAAGUAUUAACAGAUCGUGAAAAGAAAGAAAGAGACCAUAAAAAACAACUGCUGCAAUUGGCAAAGGAACAUGAGAAAGCUAGGGAGCUCGAGAGGGUGCAAAGAUACCAUAUGCCCUUGGAAAAGGGCAAGCUGGAACCAGAACCAGAUGUACAUGAAAAUGAACCACCACAGUCUGAACAGAGCAAGUGGGAAUCUGAUCAGAUGUCAUCUGCUGUUUUUCGUUUUGGCGCCAAGGAUCGAAAAGCCCAACAGGAUUACGAUCUUCUAUUGGAGGAUGAAGUGGAAUUUGUUCAAGCAUUACGUAUGCCUGGCAGCGAAAGAGACAGGAAACGAGAAAUAAGCCCUCCUCCUCAAGUAAAAGCUUUGCAAACUAUACAAGAAACAAAGAAGAGUCUCCCAAUUUAUCCUUUCAGGAACGAUCUUAUUCAGGCCAUCAAAGAUCAUCAGGUACUGAUCAUCGAGGGAGAGACGGGCUCGGGAAAAACAACUCAGAUUCCCCAAUAUUUAUACGAAACAGGGUUCGCAGAAAACAAUAAAAUAAUUGGCUGUACUCAACCCAGAAGGGUGGCAGCUAUGUCGGUCGCGGCGAGAGUCGCUCAUGAAAUGGCUGUGAAAUUGGGAAACGAAGUCGGUUACGCGAUUCGUUUCGAGGAUUGCACUUCCCAUCGUACUCGUAUUAAAUACAUGACCGACGGUACACUGCAUCGUGAAUUUCUUAGCGAACCAGAUUUAGCUUCCUACAGCGUGAUGAUCAUCGACGAAGCUCACGAGCGUACCUUGCAUACGGAUAUACUUUUCGGAUUGGUAAAAGACAUCACCAGAUUUCGUACAGACUUGAAACUUCUGAUUUCAUCGGCCACUUUGGACGCGACGAAAUUCAGUGAAUUCUUCGACGAUGCUCCGAUAUUUCGGAUACCUGGCCGACGUUUCCCCGUUGAUAUUUAUUAUACUAAAGCUCCCGAGGCGGACUAUAUCGACGCUUGUGUGGUUUCCAUCCUUCAAAUCCACGCGACUCAACCGCACGGUGAUGUUCUCGUAUUCUUAACAGGGCAAGAUGAAAUAGAAACGUGUCAGGAAAUGUUACAAGAAAGGGUACGUCGACUGGGAUCCAAAUUGGCGGAGUUAUUGAUAUUACCCGUUUAUGCGAAUCUCCCGAGUGACAUGCAGGCGAAGAUAUUUCAACCAACUCCGCCCGGAGCAAGAAAAGUGGUUCUUGCUACCAACAUAGCAGAGACCUCGUUAACCAUAGACAAUAUAGUGUACGUGAUAGAUCCUGGAUUCGCGAAGCAGAAUAAUUUUAAUUCUCGCACAGGCAUGGAGAGUUUAAUGGUGGUACCGAUCAGCAAAGCCUCUGCUAAUCAGAGAGCCGGUCGAGCCGGAAGAGUGGCACCAGGGAAGUGUUUCCGACUCUAUACAGCUUGGGCUUAUCAACACGAAUUGGAAGACAAUACCGUGCCAGAAAUUCAGAGAAUCAAUCUUGGAAACGCGGUGCUGACGUUGAAAGCGUUAGGAAUAAACGAUCUAGUGCACUUUGACUUCCUGGAUCCACCACCGCAUGAAACUCUGGUUCUAGCAUUGGAACAAUUAUACGCAUUAGGUGCUUUGAAUCAUCGUGGAGAGUUAACGAAACUCGGCCGAAGAAUGGCCGAAUUUCCUUUAGAUCCUAUGAUGGCUAAAAUGUUACUGGCUAGCGAACAGUACCGCUGUUCGGAGGAAAUCGCCACCAUCGCGGCUAUGCUGUCGGUGAACGGAGCGAUUUUCUACAGGCCGAAGGAUAAAAUUAUUCACGCAGACACGGCACGCAAGAAUUUCCACGUCCCUGGUGGCGAUCAUCUGACCUUGUUGAACGUGUACAAUCAAUGGCAGCAAAGCGAUUUCAGCACCCAUUGGUGCUACGAAAAUUUCAUUCAACAUCGGUCGAUGAAACGAGCCAGAGACGUGAGGGAACAAUUAGUCGGUCUGAUGCAAAGGGUUGAAAUGGAUCUUGUUUCUGGGAUUUCGGAAACGGUGAAUGUUCGAAAGGCAAUCACGGCGGGUUACUUUUAUCACGUGGCGCGAUUAUCAAAAGGGGGACAUUAUAAAACUGCGAAACAUAAUCAGACAGUAUCAAUCCAUCCGAAUAGUUCGUUGUUUCAAGAGUUACCACGUUGGCUACUUUAUCACGAGCUGGUGUUUACCACGAAAGAAUUCAUGCGACAGGUAACUGAGAUCGAAAGCAAAUGGCUCUUAGAAGUAGCUCCACAUUAUUACAAACCGAAGGAGUUGGAAGAUUCUACGAACAAGAAGAUGCCGAAAGUCGCGGGAAGAUCACGUCCAGAUGGAACCAAUUAGUUAAUAAUAAUUGAACACUUGUACCAUUUGUAGUUUGUAUAAAAGCACAUUGUAAAAAAAAUUGCUUCUUUUAUAACAUUAUUUUCUAAAUAAAAUUCAAAAAAGAAAAUCCUGAAACCAUCAAUGAAAUGUUAAAUAUUCUUAUAUCUAAAUCAUUUAGCGAACGAUACAGGGAAAAUCAGAAUACAAAAAGUAAAUCUAAAAUUCGAAAUGGCAAUAAAAAAUGCAAUACUGAUGCAAUAAAUCGUCGACAAAAUAAAAAAUAAUUGAAAUAUAAAGAAUGCACAUUCCUAGUUAAGAAAUGCAUUAA